GAGGAUCUGGUCUGUGAUCCAGGAGGAGUGGCCUGUCCCCCCGGUCCAGAGGAGCAGGCGGAGCCCCGUGUGAAGAUGCCGCUUCGCCGCUGAUUGCCCCCGGCCCCCAGCCCCCGGCCCCCGGCAGCACCAUGGCCCGAUCUCCGUGGGGCACCUUCAGCUCCUUCCUGCGGCGAGGACAUGCCUCCUCCGUGGACACCGCAGGCUUGGCUCUCCCCGAGGCCAUGGGAGAGGAAGAUGAGGACGAGCUGCCAACUCUGAGCGGUGCGAACAAACUGCGGAUGGUGCUCCGGGACGAGGAGGUAGUUUGUAACGGAGCCGGGGCCGAUCCUAACCCCGGGCAGGGAGCGGGGGUCCUGGAGGAACACCCACAGCACACAAGGGCAAGUGAGCAGAAAUGCAAUCGCUGCAGCAAGACUUCCGAACUCGCUCGUCAAAAAACAGUGAAAAAGAAAUUGUGGAUCGCGAUGACUCUCUACGUUGUGUUUACUGUUGGAGAAUUCAUCGGAGGAUAUCUCUCCAACAGCCUGGCAGUUAUGACUGAUGCAGUUCACAUGCUGGCUGAUGUCCUUGGAAUUGCUGCUUCCUUGGUCGCACUGUUCCUUGCUGGGAGGCCUCCAAGCAGCAGAUUUACCUUCGGCUUGCACCGGUUUGAGGCCCUGGCUGCUGUGCUCAGUGUAAUGCUGAUCUAUGCUGUGACUAUUGGGCUCAUCUAUGAAGCUGUACAGAGGACCAUACACCAGGAUUUUGAGAUCCAAGCAGAUGUGAUGAUUAUCAUCGCUGGAAUCGGAGUUGCAGUGAACCUCGUAAUGGGAGUUUUGCUGAACCAGUCCAGUCACAUGCAUUCCCAUUCUCACUGCCAGUCAGAACAUGUUGCUAGAGGAGAUCAGAGGAACAACACAGAGCACAGUCACAACAUGGGCAGCCUUGCUGUCCGAGCAGCUUUCAUCCACGCCCUUGGGGACCUGGUGCAGAGUGUUGGUGUCCUGGUGGCUGCAUACAUCAUCCGCUUUAAACCUCUGUACAAGAUCGCUGAUCCAAUCUGCACUUACAUCUUCUCCUUCCUGGUGGUGUGCACAACUUUUCGAAUCCUACGUGACACUGGUUUAAUCUUCCUGGAAGGAACUCCACGACACCUUGAUGUUCAUCGUCUCCGUGAUGCUCUGCUAAAGAUUGAUGAUAUUCAUUCCAUUCAACGUCUGAAUGUCUGGUCACUAACGGUUGGCAAAACAGCAGCAAUUGUGCACUUAAAGCUGAUUCCAGAGAGUUUCUCCAAAUGGGAAGAUGUGCAAUGUCAGGUGCAGCAGAUCUUGCUGUAUACUUUCGGAAUGCACCAAUGCACUGUACAAGUGCAAGUCUUCAAGGAGGCUGGGAACAAUGUCUGCACUAAGUGCAGGUCCUUGGAAGCUUAGUAGCUGGACUCAGGUCUGAGGAAGAGAAUAACUUCACACAAAAGAUUGCUCAGAAAAUCUACAAUUGAUCAUUUUAUAUAAAUGUAAAAAGUAGUUUUUUAAAAUUUUAACAUGGUGACCAUUCUCAAGGAUAAACAACUGUGAUAUUGAGCAUCGUAAAACCCGGUAUGUCACUUAGUCACAUAUUGUAGUUGUAUCACCAUUAGGACCUCACUCCCAGAAGCUUCUUUUGAAGAAUCUUUGCUGCUUAAUUGCUAUUGAGUCUGGUCAGGUUCUUCUCCAAUUUCCGAUAAUUUCUAUUCUGCAGCAAAUGAACAGUAUUACUGAAUUGUUACCCAUCAAGUACUACAUCAUUUGCAUUUCCAUAUACAACAAAGCAACUUUAUUUUAGCUAUGCCAUUGAGAUAUUUCAGUUUUGUUACUUACUUUAAUGUAGUUAUGAUUUACAGUCUACAGUAUUGCAGAUUCUAGGAUUUUAGAAACCAUAUUAUCGCUGGACUGUUAAUCCAGAGAUCCAGGUAAUGUUCUGGAGACCCGGGUUCAAAUCCUGCCAUGGCAAAUGGUGGAAUUUGAAUUCAAUAAAUAUUCUGGAAUUAAGAGUCUAACAAUGACCAUGAAUCCAUUGUCGAUUGUUGGAAAAACUCAUCUCGUUCACUAAUGUCCUUUAGGGAAGGAAACUGCCAUCCUUACCUAAUCUGGCCUACACGUGACUCCAGACCCACAACAAUGUGGUUGACUCUUAACUGCCCUCUAGGCAAUUAGGGAUGGACAAUAAGUGCUGCCUGGCCAGCAAUGCCCUCAUCGCUGCGCUCAAGAAAAAGGAAGUUGAAUAAUUUCAGCACAGGUAUGAUGGAACAAAUGGCCUCCUCCUAUGCUGGGUCAUUCAUUGAGUUUCCAAAGUGUUCAAGGUUCAGGAUUAAGAUUUGUUAUAUUAUUGCUUCAGCCACAAACGCAUUAAUGAUUAUGAAAGUGCCUCUAAUAAUUUUAACCUCUCCAAAUUUACUGCAGGCCACAUCUCAUUCCCAUUGCAGGGAAUUAGAACUCUUAUUGCCGUAGCUCUGUACAACCAAUGUUAGAAAUUUGGUGGGAGAUAAAAUAUUUUAAUAUAUUUCAGCACAUUCUCUCCACAGUACCAUUGUGCCAAAGACUCUGGGAUGUGGUUCUGCUUAAAGAAGGCAGGUUGAAAUAUCUGUACCUAGCGUAACUAUUAGCUGAGUAGCAUGCAGGACCAUCAUGUCACUGAGUUUGUUACAGUUGAACGUGCAAUAGUACAGUUUGUCUGGAAUGUGAACAUAAAACCUCUGCAGUAAACUGACUAUACCUGAAGUAAAGACAGAAAAUACUGGAAAUGCGCGGGAGUUCUGGCAUCACCUGUGGGAAAUAAAGAGUGAAGCAGUUCUGAGUAAAGGUAACUGACCUGUGACAUAAACUCUGUUUCUCCCCACAGGUGCAGCUAGACCUGCUGAGUUUCUCCAGCAUUUUGUUUUUUAUUUCAUCCGCAAUAUGUUCCUUUUUCUGAAAUGUUGACUUUGUCAGUGUUUACUGUUAAACAAUGUUUUAUAAUCAACACUUUAAAUGGUGUAUUUUUGGAAAAGAUUUUCUGUGAUAAUAUUUAUUUCGCUAAAUGCCUGUCUUCUCCCAUGGAAAUUGUACUUUAUACAUUCGGAUUGUUUUAUGAGGAGAAUCUAAAAAUAUAAAAGUUAGUGAUUUGUACAA